AAUCCCGCGGCACAAACCGAGGACAGCGAUGGAGUUGUAAUAGCUGAGGCACAUAAUGAGGAUUUAAUUGACGCGAGCAUAUUGCGUGUGAAGCAACUUCCCGACAUGUCGAAAAUACCACGCCUGCCUGGCGAUGGUGCACAUUCAGUGGACGAUCAACGUACAGCCAACUCCUACCCCUCCGCCGCACCGACCAAAGCGUCCGCUGUCAAUUCGAAACGACCCACAACGGACAUUGACCGCGUUAGGGCUGUUAAAAACGCCCCGCUGCGUGUGCAAUCCGUGCGUAUUGUAGAGCAGAGAAUGAAGCUCGGACCGAAAAGACGCACCGAAAGCUGCAGCAUAUUUGGCAAUACGAGCAAUUAUGCCGAGGAAGGCAAGCCGAUAUCGGAGCCACGGCCACUUAACAAUCAAACUUAUGCAGCUUUCAAGAGUGCCAAUGUUAUCAAGGGCAUAUUAUGUCCAUCUCUCACAAAUUCAUUCAAGCAACACUCGCUGGAGCGUUCGUAUCUAACGUACACGCAUCGUCAGCGUCAAAAGUCACUGAUCAUUGUCAAUCUGGUUGACAUUAUGCUUAAAGUGACGCUCGCAAUUGUUUGGUUCAGUAAAGAGAGCCAGCGGAGUAGCAACGCGCAAAACAACAAUAUCAGCAUGAUAACGUAUUAUAGCGAUGGAGAGGUGAAUCUGACUACGGCAAUUACCUGGUCGGUUUUGUGUAUUCUUGCCAAUGUGGGCAUUUGUUGUUUGGGAUUUUGGAGAUGCUUCGCCAACAACUAUUUACAGUGGGCAGCUUUGUUCACUUGGAUACUGAUGAAUAUACAAGGUAUUGGUUUCACGUAUCGCGAAUACUUGGUCUGGUACAUCCUGUUCGUGAUAUUUGUGCCGUAUGCAAUGCUGCCGUUGCCACUGAAGUGGUGCGUCGUCGGCGGCACCAUCACCGCCAGUUGUCAUCUGGCCGUAAUUACGAUAAUUAAAGUUAGGCGAAACGAACAACCAGAUUGCAUUGCAUUUCAAGUGGUCGCAAACUUCAUAUUGUACACGGCAAUUAAUGUGGCUGGCAUGUACACCAAGUAUCUGACAGAUCGUGGGCAGCGCCUUGCUUUCAUCGAAACACACAAAGCCAUGGAACAUAAAAAGGAGUCGGAGAAGGAGUUGCAGCGAACGCAAAAGUUGCUGGACUCAAUACUUCCGAACAUUGUGAACAAUCAAAUACGCGCCGAAAUGUAUAAAGGCACCGAUCCCACCGUCGAAACCCAAUUCAAUAAGCUCUACGUGUACCCCAUGGAUAAUGUCAGUAUACUAUUCGCGGAUAUCAAGGUCGAUUUAAAUAUGCGCAUCGGCAUUCAUAGCGGCUCGGUGAUGUGCGGCGUGUUGGGCAAUAAAAAAUGGCAUUUUGAUGUGUGGUCGAACGAUGUUAUUAUUGCAAAUCACAUGGAAUCUGGCGAUAUUCCCGGGCGUGUACACAUCUCCGAGGCCACAUUGAAGUGCCUCAACGAGGCCUACGAAGUGGAGCCGGGCAACGGCGGUAGCCGUGACAAUCACUUGAAAAUGAUGAACAUCAAAACGUAUCUAAUCAAGCGCACCGAACCGUUACGGCCGAAACGUCGCUUUGGCACGCGCAGCAGUCAACACUUAGCCAACACCAUUGGCACUGCGACCGGUGGCAGUGAUGCCAGCACCCCAACCGCCGUUACAACACCCGCCAGCAUAGGCUCCAAAUCCAUACCGACCGCAGCUGGUGUUGAAGUUCAACAACAACAACAAGUGGGACAUCUGCCCGCCACACCACUCGCAACGCUGGCCGCAUUGCAGAAGAAGAAUAUUUCGGUGAACUCGCUGCCAAAUGUGAUGGAAGGUGUAGCUUUGGGUAACGGUGGACGUGUAGGUGAUGGUAUUAAUGGCCCUAGCAGCAACGGUGCGGGCAGCGGCGGUGCUGCGGAUUCAACUGGCUUAUCGACUGUCUCGUCGCCGACUACGAUGAUUGCGCCCAUAACAGUGGUCGAUCAGCAACCGCUAAAAAUGAACGGCGCAACAGCGAGUUCGCAGAAUCUGGCAAGCACCAUCGACCCGAAAGCAUUAAUUAUUGAGGAUGAACCGACCACGGAAUGGACACCGGAAAUCCCAUUCAAAAAUCUCAACUCGCCGCAAGACGGUCUCAAUCGGAGUGAUUCGGUGUUGGUCGAUGCCAAACAAGACAAUGGUCAUUCAACGACCGCAUUGGAUGAAGAGAUUGACGAUUUUAUUGAACAAAAUAUACAAAUAAAUUCCAAUAAGGAAAUUAGACGAGAGUACCUGAAUACGUGGACCUUAAAGUUUAAAGAUCGAAGUCAAGAACAGAAAUUUUGUCAAUUACGGGAAGAUAUGUUUAGAUCGAAUAUGCUGUGCAUUUUUAUCAUAUGGCUAUUUAUUGUGAUGUGUCAAGUCAUUAUUAUUCCACGUUGUACCAAAUUAAUAAUUUGCCUAGUGGUCGGAACCAUAUGCUUAACCUUCUCCUGUGUGCUAGUCAUGGCUGAGGAGUUUUCAAACUUGCCACUUUAUCUGAAACAGAAUUCCGCCAAACUUGUACAUCAACGGCGACGCAGAACCUUCUUCAUUUGCAUUGUUAUAGUACUGAUGUCGGUUUUAAGUGCAAUUGGCUUGGCAAUUUGUCCGGAUUCCACAUACGCUUUCGACAAUACGGACGACGAUAACAAUACCAAUACACAGUUAAAUAAUGGCAGCAACAAUGCCAUCAGUGCUUUAUUGGCAAAUGGUAGUGAGAAGGAAAUCAAGUUGAAUGUGUACUUAUCGGCGACAAUACAUCACAAUAUCACCAUUAAUGCUGCCAAUGGCACAAUCGUCGAUGCAUUCAUCACUGACAACCUCACAGCGGCACCAGCUGGCGAUCUCGUGCGGCAGAGUAUCGUUAAUGCGCUGAAUCUAACGCAAACACCAAUAAAUCUGCUAAAUGCAACGAGCAAAACAUUGGAUACAUUUGAGCAAUCUCCGCAUGGCAUUUUAUUGGCGGCGGCAGCAGCCACCUCACUCACCAACGCCAACACCAAUGACAACGAUAAUGAAUUGGAAUUGGGAGCUGCAAAUAGCACAGAGCUUUUCAACAGUUUCAAUGGGACAAAAGCUUCGGACGAGCUGAAGCAGAGCAAUGACUGUGCGCAUCCUGAGUAUAUAAUAUUCACCUGGGUGCUGUGUCUGGUGUCGCUGGCUACGGCCUUGAAAUUGUACUUUCUCAUCAAAACAUGCAUGGCGCUGGCGAUGGUUGCCUGCUAUAUGAUCUUGAUACUGGCAUAUCCAGCUUUCUACGAAUCGUCUGCAGCGAAUUUUGAGUACCAGCGUAUGGCAGUGCCCUUGGAUGUGCAGAUGUUGAUAUUGUUAUGCUCGUUUCUGGUAAUGGUGGCCUAUCACGCCCGCCUGGUGGAGGUCACUUCGCGUCUGGAUUUCAUUUGGAAGGAGCAAGCUGAACGUGAAUUAAUUAAUAUGAAAUCGAAUCGAGCACUCAACGACACAUUAAUUAAGAACAUUCUGCCCCAUCAUGUAGCUGCCUAUUAUCUCUCCGAUGAGCACACGGAUGAAUUAUAUUCGAAAAAUCAUUCAUUAUGUGGUGUUAUGUUUGCUUCCAUACCCAACUUUCAGGAUUUCUACUCGGAGGACAUCGAUAACGGAAAAGCAUGCAUACGAAUCUUGAAUGAAAUUAUAUGUGACUUCGAUGAACUUUUGGAGGAACCGCGCUUCGCCUCCAUCGAGAAAAUCAAAACGGUUGGCGCCACAUACAUGGCUGCUUCCGGUCUGAAUUCAGCACAUCUACAUGCGCGCGGCGAAACAGCGGAAGACAGCGUUUGUGACCUGGUCGAAUUUGCGUUUGCUAUGAAGCAAAAACUAGAAGAGAUCAACAAGGAAGCAUUCAACAAUUUUCAGCUGCGCGUAGGCAUCUGCAGCGGACCGCUGGUAAGCGGUGUGAUUGGUGCGCGCAAGCCUGUCUACGAUAUAUGGGGCAAUACGGUGAACGUGGCCUCACGUAUGGACUCCACCGGCGAGAAUUGGCGCAUACAAGUGCCGACCAAAACUUCGGAAUUGCUAAAGGCCAAGGGAUAUACUUGUGUGAAACGCGGCGAGAUUAACGUGAAGGGUAAAGGCCUAAUGGUCACGUACUUUGUGCAUCCUAAAGGCGUCAGUGAAAGUCAAUUAUCAUCACCGGUGCGGCUGCCAGCGGGUGUGCCCUUAUCGCAGGCGCCCAACUUACAACGGCAGAUAUCGCAUCACGGUUCAUUCAGCGCCGUGGUCUUCGGCAUGUUGCAAGCAUCGAAACGUAGCACGACUAUUGCAGGCACACCGACUGGCACUCCCUCACCGCAAAUACGACGUGGUCGACGUGGUAGUACCUUCAGUUCGGUGCGCCUAUCGCAAAAGUCUACCACCAACAAUCCGGUGAGGCGGAAUACAACACGAGUGCGUGGUCGCUCCUAUCGACAAAAGAAGAGCUCGUCCAACAACUCGAUAGUAACACAGACCAGUAACUCCUAUAUAUCGUCCUUCCGACGCAUCGAUCAGAUCGAAACGACGCUGUCCAAAAGUCAUAACGAUGCUUUAUAGCCUAUGCGUAAUUGGGUCUAAGCUGCCCUGUGCAUGAACAACAACAACCACAAUUUUAAUUACUUAGUACUUACAUAAUGAACUUAUUUAUUGUUACUAUUAAGCAAUUUCUAGUUUAGACAUAUUUGAGAGUAUAUAUAUGUAUGUGUAUAUUUAUGUAGAAUAUAUUUGUAUGUCAAAAGUAAAGACACAAACACCACGGUGAGGCCCUGCAUGUAAACUGAUUUCAAUUAAGCGAAAAGUGCAUUUAUUUUUGAAGCAUUUUUUAAGUUAGUUAGACUAUUGAAUAGAUAAAAGCGUAUGUAUUCGACGAAUCAUUUACGUACUUAAUUAUCAGCAAUUCAAUUACUUAUGGCAAAUGUGAAUGUGAAAAGAUUUAGCUUUAUUUUAAAUUUAUGACAAGAAUAUUAAGAAAUUUACAAAAAAAAAAUAAAAACAAAACCUAGAAACUAAGAUAGCAAAGGACCGCAUAAAGUAAGCAUAUUUGUAUGCAUAUAUAAGAUACAUAUAUAUAACUGGCGUUCAACUUUGGUUAGAUUUUUAGCCAAGAACAGCCUUAUAGUUCUACGCCGACUCUGAACGGCUUAUAUUUCUUAUGUGAGCCUUUUUUAAGUCUAAUGUUACAAAUGCUGAGAAAUUUUGUUGAAAAUUUGUAUUUGAAAACGUUAUAUCGGCCAUUUCAAAAAACAGAGAACACUACAUACAACACUCUCCAAUAAAAAAAAACUUUGGUUUCACGAUAUAUUCCUUUUUAUACAUAAUGUUGUAGGCAAAAAAUAGUAAGACUUUGUUUAUAAUUUUAAAAUUCCUAAUUUACUCCUCAAAAAACAUAUAGCACAUACCUUCAAUUGAGUAAAACCAGUUCCCGGGAGGGCUCGUUUGAGUUUGGUGAAUAACCAGAUGUCACACGGAGCUAAAUCAGGCGAAUACGGUGGUUGCGGUCCAAUAUUGGGAAAAAUUUAGCUAAAAAGUCGCGAAAAAUCAAUUCAGUUUGCGACGGUGCAAAAAUUAACGAUUUUCGGCCCAUAAUUCCAGCCUCUUGUUACGAAUAGCUUCGCGCAAACGACGCAUAACUCUCAAAUAGUGUUCCUUGUUGACAAUUUGGCCGGCAGGAAGGCAUUCAGAGUACACUACACCUCUAUAAUCGUAGAAGACUGGCAACAUGACCUUGAUUUUUGACCGCAUUUAACGUGUUUUUCGGAGUCGGCUCAACUCUGCCACCAUAUUCGGCCAAUUGAUUAUCUGUUUCCGAGUCGUAAACAUAGAUCGAAGACUCAUCGCUAGUAAUAAUAUAUUUAAUGACUUCCUGGUGGUCAGGAAGCAUUGUUUUACAGACGUUAGCGCGGCGCUGUUUUUCGCAAAAUUGUGAUUUUACUUUUCUUACGCUGAAAUGAUCUUUCAAAAUGGUUUUCACUGAUCCUUUCGAUAUAUGAACAAUACAAGUAAGAUCUCUGACUGUUAAUCAUCGAGUCUCAAGCAUCAAUUCCUUUAUUUUGUUGACGUUAUGUUGUUGGCCGUCCUGUACGAGGUUUGUUGGCAACGCAUUUCGUCCCUCUUUGAAUAAUUUGUAUCAAUCAAAAACACUUGGUCUAGGCAAAAAAUUAUCACCUACGGCCUUUUCCAACAUUCUGUACCUUUGGGCAUCAGAAAUUUAAUUCCGCACUUAAAAUUUAAUGGAUCAUCUUUGUGGAAUAAUAUUACUCAUUGUAAAAACCGCCGAAUGCACUUUGUGUACUUCAGAAAAAUAAGAGUAUACUAAGCUCUAAUGAUUAUUUUGAUGUGACAUUUGACAUAGAUGUCACUGACAGUCACCAACCAAGAAAAAAAAUAUUUCGACGAAAAGGUUUUCGCAUGAAAUUUAAAUUAAGAAGUCUUACUAUUUUUGCUCACAGUAUAAUUAAGUAUGGGAAUUUUUCAAAAAGUUUCUAAAAAUUCUAACAUACUCCUGUAUUGGAGUAUUGGAAACUUUAUUUAUCGAAUAGUUAUAGAUUCUUUUCUUGAUAUUUUUUCUAAUUUCAACUUUAACGAAAACAAGAAAAAACGUAACCCAUUCAGAGUAUAAAAAUUAAAAUCAGUCUCCAAGAAUGAAGAAGGACAACACUUGAAAGUUUGUAACAUCAAUAAUCAAAGGAAGAAUUCAUCAUGAAGAUGCAAAUAUUAUAAUGAACGUGUAAUACAAUAUAAUGUGAAACUAUUACAACAUCUGAUUGAGUUAAGGAUAAGUUUUUUUAAGAUGAAUUGGAGCGGAAUUGUUUGACGAAUAGAUUUUGAUUCUGUUAGGACACGGGUUGUUUGGUUCUGACCCCUUCAAAAAGUUCUUUUGACUUGUAACAAACCGUGGUAAAAUAAAAUUUUCACUUUCUGCCAGGACGCUUAAAAAUAGGUAUUCCGAAUUUUUCGCAUAGACUUUCUUAUUAUGUGUACAAAUAUGCUGAACUUAGAGAAAUAUAACUAUGUACGUAUGUACAGUUGAAAUAUAUAUACAUAUAUUUAUGAAUGUGUAAGAAGAAAUGUAAUUUUAUCAAUUUUUAAACUAUUACUGUUCGUCUAGUCGUUAGCUUUAAAUAAAAUACUU